AUGAACAACCUGUCGGCCUUGAUCCAAACAAUUCCAACUUUGGAAGGCAAUUCGGUUACGUUUCCGUAUUGGCGCAACCGACUCCAGAACGUUCUGCAAAUCCAGGGAGUUCUCGACAUUGUAAACAAAAUGCUGCCUCGUCCAAAUAACACUGACUCGAAGGAGGGCAAACUUGCUGUCCAAUCCCCGGAACAACGAGGCUACAAUCCCGAGGAAUACGGCUCUGACUGGGACACACUGUCCAAUAUGGCGAUAUCAACGAUCCAACUCACGCUCUUGGUGGACCUAUCAAUCCGCUAUGAAGGGGUCAAACCGGCUCACAAGCUUUUCUCAACCAUAUGUGAUGCAUAUGAGAAAAAUACUUGGGCUAGGCGACUCCAACUUGAGGACGCUUUCUGGACGGCACGACAAGACCCGAGUCAACCCAUCGAAAAGUUAGAGAUGGUCAAUUCGCAUCCGGAUAUACGGCUGCUUUUUGCAGCAAAAUAA